CUGUGCUGAGAUACAGUCUGAGUGAUGGACCUGAGCUGGUUUCUGAUACUAGCCCUUUUGGGAUGUGUCCAUUCAUCCAUCCCUUCCAUGUUUGGGGAAAUUACAUCCCCUAAUUACCCCCAAGGAUAUCCCAACAAUGUUGAGGAAACAUGGGAGAUCUCAGUGCCAGAGGGGUUUGGAAUCCAUCUUUACUUCAUUCACCUGGACAUUGAGCCUUCUGAGAGCUGUGAAUACGAUUAUGUACAGGUGAUAGUAGGAGAUAUAGUGGAAAAAAAGCUGUGCGGACGACAGUCUGGGAGGUCCCAGAGAAGACCUGUAGAAGAGAAAUUUUUCCACUCCAGCUACCUGAAGCUCCUGUUCAAAUCUGACUUCUCCAACCAGCAACGAUAUACUGGAUUUGCAGCUUACUAUAUAGCUGUGGAUAUCAAUGAGUGCAAGGACACCUCAGAAACUCUCUGCUCUCAUUUCUGCAAUAAUUACAUUGGAGGCUAUUUCUGCUCCUGCCCUCCAGAAUAUUUCCUUCACCCAGAUAACCACACUUGCGGUGUAAAUUGCAGUGGGGGACUUUUCACGGACAAUAAGGGGACAAUCCGCAGCCCUGGAUUCCCGUCCCCAUACCCUGAGAACACCCGUUGUGAAUACAAAGUGCAAAUGGAACAUGGGUUCGAGGUCAUCAUCAUUUUCCAAGGAGAGGACUUUGAUAUUGAGGCAGACAAAGAUGGGAACUGCUAUGACUCUCUAACUAUAAAAGCCGGGGCACGCAAGUUUGGGCCAUUUUGUGGUAAAAAUCCCCCAAAUCCUCCAGUCAUUGAAACAGGCAGCAAUGAGGCCGACAUUAUAUUUCAAACUGACAGUGGAGGGGAGAACAGAGGCUGGAAGGUUCGCUAUUAUGGGGAUGCCAUACAGUGCCCCAUGCAGGUCAUCCCAAACUCUGUUCUGGAUCUUCAGCAAGAGAAAUAUGUCUUCAGGGACGUGGUGACUGUGACGUGCCUGGAGGGCUUUGAGAUUGUGAAGGAGAAGAAAACUCUUAAAUCUUUCAGAUCCACCUGCCAAGGAGAUGGAACCUGGAAGAAUUCGCACUUCCAAUGCCAACAGGUGAAUUGUGGGGAACCUGAUCCUAUUGACAAUGGUAUUGUCACCCUCAACCGUUCUUCAACCACUUAUGGCUCAAAAAUCGAAUACAGCUGCCCAACUGAAUACUACACCCUAACUCUACCUGCCGGUGAAGAUGGAACCUAUCGCUGCUCAUCAGAUGGAUAUUGGGUCAACAAGAAAGGAGAGAAGGAACUUCCUACAUGUACCCCAGUUUGUGGAGUCCAUCAUUCUGUAGACGGUGCACGGAUAUUUGGCGGCGCUCAAGCUAAACUUGGUCAAUUUCCAUGGCUGAUCCAGUUCACUGUGCCAGAACUAGGCGGCGGUUCCCUAAUAUCUGAUCGGUGGGUCCUGACAGCUGCUCACGUGCUCAAGAAUGAAUUCCCAGAAAUGUAUGGGGGCGUGAUGAAGCUUUUUCCAAAUGUUAAUUCACGACCCAAGCAAAACAAACUGCAGUUCAAGAAAAUUAUUGUUCAUCCUCUGUAUCGUGGAGGAGAAAACUAUGACAAUGACAUUGCUCUGAUCCAACUGAGUAAGAAAGUCAAAAUGGACAAAUGUAUCUCUCCCAUCUGUCUUCCAAGGAGGGGACUUGCCCCUGUGGUUAAUGAGGUUGCCCUUAUUGCAGGAUGGGGUAGGACUAAAAAGAGAGACUAUGCAAUAAAUUUGCAGUUUGCCAAGAUCUUUCUCAGCUCCAUGGAUAAAUGUAAGCAGGCAACUGCUGGCGGUGGUUAUAUCACUGCAAACAUGCUGUGUGCUGGAUCAGAAGAUGGACAGGACAGUUGCCAGGGUGAUAGCGGGGGGCCACUCAUGUUCAAGGACCCCCAAGACAGCAGUAAAAUAUAUAUGGCAGGCAUUGUGUCCUGGGGCCCACAGGAAUGUGGAUCCUAUGGCUUUUACACCAAGGUGGAUAAUUACCUUGACUGGAUUGAGAAGACCAUAGCAGCGACGGAGAGGGAAGAGCAGGAGGAGGUGGAGACACAGGUCCUGUGUGCGUGAGUGUUGCGCUCUAGAGAGACAGUGAUGCUCAGCGUCCGACACAAGUUACUUAUGACAUCAAAUCAGAGCAAGUUGUAUCCUACAGAAAUGUCAUUAAACAACACUAUUCCCCUUCUGUGCCCAGAUAGAUUGGGAAAUUCUACUAUAUAUACUGCUAUAAUGCAAAUUCCUCAUUGAGCAUCAUAAUAUAGCUAAUGAACUCAUUGUUUUUCCAUUUUCUGGUUAUAUUUUUCUAAUGGAACUAUAAAAGGUGAAUAUAGAAUUGUAUUCCUGUUUCCUUCUCCUCUAGGCAGCUCCUGUGAAGUGCCCCAUUUUCACGCAUAUUCAAAUUUAAGACAAAAUAAAAAAAAAAUUAUCAGUGAA